CUAACCUCACUUCUCAUUUAAGUUUGUGUUUGCGGAUUAUUAAGCGUUGGUGAACUUUUCAGAAAAUAUCUUUACAAACAAUAAAACGGGCAUAUAAUGGCCAAUCGAACGGUCAAAGAUGCCAAAUCAAUUCAUGGUACAAACCCACAAUAUUUGGUUGAAAAAAUCAUACGGUCACGUAUUUAUGAUUCAAAAUAUUGGAAAGAAGAAUGUUUUGCCCUUACUGCCGAACUCCUAGUAGACAAAGCUAUGGAAUUACGAUUCGUGGGUGGAGUUUACGGUGGCAAUAUUAAACCAACACCAUUUUUGUGUUUAACACUGAAGAUGCUGCAAAUUCAGCCUGAAAAGGACAUUGUGGUUGAAUUCAUCAAGAAUGAAGAAUUUAAGUAUGUUAGAGCAUUGGGGGCAUUUUAUAUGAGACUUACAGGAUCCUCUCUGGAUUGUUACAAAUAUCUGGAACCCUUGUACAAUGAUAACAGAAAGUUGCGGCGACAAAGUAGAGCAGCAGCUUUUGAAAUUGUACAUAUGGAUGAGUUUAUAGAUGAAUUACUUAGGGAAGAAAGGGUUUGCGACGUAAUUUUACCAAGGGUUCAAAAAAGACAUGUCUUAGAAGAAAGUAAUGAAAUUGAUGCAAAAGUGUCUGCACUUGAAGAUGAUUUAGAUGAAGAAAUUGAGUUAGAGGAAGAGAAUAAACAUCAAGUGGUAGAAGAAAAACCAAAGGAAAAGAAAGAAAGAGAGAGAAAACGGGAACGCAGUAGAUCUAGAGAAAGACAUCGUAGUAGAAGUAAAGAGCGUCAUAAAAAAGAGAAAGAAAGGGAGCGUGACCGUGAGAAGGAACGUGAUAGGGAAAGAAGGGAGAGGGAUAAGGAACGCAAAGAUCGCGAUAAAGAUAGGGAACGCAAGGACAAGGAUAGAAAGAGAGAUAGAGAUCGUCAUCAUUAAUUUUUUUUUUAUAUAUAUUGUUUCAUACAAUUAAAUACAUCAACAAAUUGUGAAUAUCACAGAUUAUACCUAUAUCAUUAAACUUUCUCUUGAAUUUA